UUUUCAUAAUUCAUUUUCCUACAAUAACCUUAUUUAAUUUAUUCUUGAGAAAUCACAAAUAUGGCGGAAUUAUGCGCAGUAUUCUUUUCAGUCGGAAACAUUAAAAGUAUUAGAAAAAGAAAACGAGAAUCAAACCCUUUUUUUUUGUUUCGUAAUGAUAUGAGGGAAAAGGCACAGAAAAAAUUAAAAAUGACUGAAUUAAGCAAAACGGCUUCUGAUUCAUGGAAACUCUUGUCAGAAGAAAAUAAAGCCAAAUGAAAGAGGCGUUACGAGAUUAAUCGAGAUCUACAACAAAGUAAGAAAGACAAGGAAAACAAGGAAAUUGUUGAUGAGAGUGAUCUUGUUGACAAACUGAAAAAGAUCCUGUUGAAGAAACCACCAUUGAUGGCGAU